AACGCUUUCAAAUCUCAACGUCAAUAUCAAAGCGCCAGCUCUACAAAAAAAUCUCUUUCUUUCACAUUUUUCUCUUUCUUUAUAAUUUUCAUGGCUGGCAUGUUACAAUAUUAUGGAAAUCAGAAAAUGGAUUUUGGUUUGAAUGCUCCUUAUUAAUAUUUGGUGAAAUGGGGUUCGUUGAAUUAUGUGAAUGAUCAAAGAAAAUGGGAUUUCUUGGAAGUUUAUUAGGAAUUUUUGGUUUUGGAGUUGGAAUUUCUAUAGGUUUGGUUGCAGGUUAUUUCUUGUUCAUAUACUUCGAGCCCAGAGAUGUUAAGGAUUAUCCAGAAGGUACACCACUUGAUGAAAUCGAGCCAGACUCGUUAAUUGAUCUUCUACCUGAACUCCCAUUAUGGGUGAUGAAUCCAGACUACGAGCGGGUUGACUGGUUCAAUGAGUUUAUAGCCAAUAUGUGGCCUUAUCUUGACAAGGCAAUUUGUGGAAUUAUUAAAAGCACAUGCGAACCUAUUUUUGCAGAGUAUAUUGGCAAAUAUCAGAUUAAAUCUAUUGAGUUUGAGCAACUCACUCUUGGAACAAUUCCUCCUAGAUUGCAUGGUAUUAAAAUAUAUGAUUCCAAUGAAAAGGAGCUAGUAUUUGAGUUUGCAGUCAGAUGGGCUGGAAAUCCAAAUAUAGUUGUGGCAUUGAAGUUAUUAUCUCUACAAAUCUCGGUACAGUUGGUCGAUUUCCAAAUGGCUGCUACAGCAAGGGCAGCACUGAAGCCUUUUGUCCCAACCUUCCCGUGCUUUUCAAGCAUAAUAGUAUCAUUGAUGAAGAAGCCAGAGGUAGACUUUGGGCUAAAAGUAAUUGGAGGAGAUUUAAUGGCAAUCCCUGGUUUACACCAUUUUGUUCAGGAAACUAUAAGCAAGCAAGUCGCCAGGCUUUACCUCUGGCCACAAACACUUGACAUACCAAUUCUUGACAGUUCAAUAGGAGCUGUGAAGAAGCCUGUUGGAAUACUACAUGUGAAGGUUCUGAGAGCACAGAAACUUUUGAACAUGGACUUUUUGAGUAAAUCAGAUCCUUAUGUUAAACUCAGUUUAGGUGGGGACAGGCUUCCAGCCAAGAAGACUACUGUAAAGAUGAACACUCUAAAUCCUGUGUGGGACGAGGAUUUCAAAUUGACCGUAAAGGAUCCCGAGGCUCAAGUUCUGCAGCUGCAUCUAUAUGACUGGGAAAAGAUCGGGGCACAUGACAAGUUGGGAAUGCAAGUAGUGCCACUGAAAAUGCUCAACCCAUAUGAGAAGAAAGAACUAAUUCUUGAUUUGGUCCAUAGCACAAAACCAAAUGACCCUCAGAACAAGAAGCCACGAGGCCAAAUUAUGUUGGAGAUGUCCUUCAUUCCUUUCCAAGAAGAUAGUGUAAAGUUUAGCGGACCUCUGAGUUUUCACCAAAGAAAGGAGAGUAUUUCAAGCCUUUCGGAUGACAUUUCCUUGCGUGGAGCAGGUUUGCUUUUGGUUACUGUUAUCGCUGCAGAAGAUGUUGAAGGGAAGCACCAUACCAAUCCUUAUGCAGUGGUUGUUCUUAGAGGAGAAAAAAAGAAAAUUGUAGGCAAUGAACAAAACCUGGAAUCCGAAAUGGGAAGAAGAAUUCCAGUUUAUGUUGGAAGAGGCUCCAUUAAAGGACCUAAUCCAUAUUGAAGUCAAGAGCAAGAAGAGAAGAUUUGGUUUUCGGUCUAAGGAGUUGCUUGGCUAUGUAGAUAUCCAACUGAUGGAUGUGAUCUACAAUGGACGUAUUAACGAGAAGUACCAUCUCAUCAAUUCUAAAGAUGGGAUUUUACAUGUUGACAUCAAAUGGAAUGUGAUCUAACAACUGCAGCCUCCUCUGGAUUGUGAAUCAUCCAUUUAGAUGUUAAUCGCAUUGAGCUUAAAUGUAGAAGUGGGGAUUCAUGUAGCUGACCCCAUCUUGUUUGGGACCGAGGUGUAGUUGUUGUUGUAUUAAUCGUAUUGAUUGUAUCUUUGGACAGUCUGAGCAGAAUGUCCAGUUUUUAUCUAAAAGCCAUGAAAAGAAAUGCAUACAAACAUAACAUGCACACAGAGGCAUGUUUAUUACUUUGUACUUUUUGUCUUCUCUUAUCCGGUAUACUUGCUUAUGUAUAUCAUAUCAAAUUUAUCAACUACGCCUCAAAUUCAAUUAAUUGAGGUUGAUUAUGUGAA